UUAAAAAAAAAAACAAAUCCUAACGGUUAUGAGAUUUUUCAAAUCACAAAUUAGUUUGAGUCUAAGUUUGGCGUUUGUCGUUGGCACACCGGUGUGAGCUUACAACUUUACAAUUUAAAAAUUUAAAAAAUUCAAGCAAAUGCAAGCUCCAGAUCGUCGGCGUAAAAAGGAUCGCAUUCGAAAUGAAAUUUCAACAAAAUCUACAAUCCCAUCUAACACCGGAAUGGCGUACGCAGUACAUCGAUUAUGCUCACCUGAGGCAAAUGAUCCUCGAUGCGAUUGAGUUUGCACCAUCGGAGAACAGCGCUGAGCAGCGCGUGUAUUUUAUGCAAUUUCAGCAAAAUUUCCACGAACUGUGUAAUAAGGAAUUGGAGAAAAUUAAUAUGUUCUACGAGGCCAAGUUGGCUGAGAUCAAUCAUAAAUUUACAAUUCUAAGAGAUGAGCUGAAGUUGGUUGGUGAAAUGGCCGAUACGAAUCUGUUGGCCCGUCCAUCGAUACGCAUUAGCAAUCGCCAAUAUCAGCAAACUUUGGAUAUGACCAAGAUAUUGACACGACAUGCAACGCACGAUUUCAAAGCAGCCUUCAGUGAGCUGUACUUGAAUACCAUACUCUUGCGGAACUAUCAGAUUUUGAAUUACACCGGUUUUCGUAAGAUACUCAAGAAAUAUGAUAAGCGCAUACGUGGCCGCGCUGGUCAUGACUAUAUGUUGGCGAAUGUGGAGAAAGCGUCAUUUCAUAAAAGUCACGAAACCAAAGUUCUUUUGAAGAAAAUUGAGGACAUCAUGACGUAUAAUUUGGAGCAUGGUAAUCGACAUAAGGCUAUGGAAAGGUUACGUGUGCCACCACUAGCUGAUAAAUCACAUCCGUGGACUUCGUUUCGUACAGGUUUCUCGCUGGGUGCUCUCAUUGUUUUGGGAAUCAUGGUUGUUUUAUCGUUCACCAUGAAAGUCAUCGAUGUGGAUGUCGUCACCUGUGUACUACUCUUUCGUGGACCUUUUACCAUGAUACUAUUUUUAGGUUUGCUCAGCUUGAAUGUCUACAUUUGGCGUUAUGUUGGCAUCAAUCACGUGCUCAUAUUUGAAUUGAAUCCUCGAAAUUAUUUGGCCGCCGUCCAAAUUCUGGAAAUAGCCGUUGUAUUCGGUUGCAUAUUGUCUUUACUGACACUCGCCUUUCUGCAUUCCCAGUACCUUGGAAUGCCCCCCUAUGUAUUUCCACUCGCCAUGCCCUUAAUUAUGAUUGCAUUCCUCAUCAAUCCAAUACGGAUAUUUCAUUAUCAAUCACGUAUGUGGCUGCUGCGAUAUUUGGGUCGCAUUGUUUGUGCACCAUUUUUCAGUGUCGUCUUCGUUGAUUUUUGGCUAGCCGAUCAGUUCAAUUCGCUGGUGGCACUCUUCGUCGAUUACAGUCACAUUAUCUGUUACUACACUACGCCAUUUGACUGGUAUCAUGCUAAGGAGCCGACUACAUGCGCCACGAAUCAACGUUAUACGGCUUUGAUACGAGUACUGCCGGCUUGGUUUCGUUUCGCACAGUGCCUUCGGCGUUAUUAUGACGAUUCUAAGCGACCCAAGAAAUAUCUCAUCAAUGCGGGAAAAUAUGCGACGACAUUUUUUGUGGUGUUUUUCGAUUUUAUGAUGAAAUACCAGGAAGCUUCCUAUAGCAGUCGAUUUAAAAAUCCUUUUAUUUGGCUUAUGCUAAUAGCGGCUAUUGCGUCGUCAACUUAUGGCUUGGCGUGGGAUUUUCUAAAUGAUUGGGGUCUCUUUCGCCGCGAUUGUGGCGAGCAUAAAUAUUUACGUUCGCAAAUUCUCUAUCGGCCGAGUUUCUACUAUUUUUUGAUAGUUGAAAAUUUUUUGUUACGUUUCCUGUGGGCUUACGUAUUCAUAUUGGAUGAAACGAAUGUGGUUACUAGAAGAAUAAUGGCGCCCAUAGCGGAUAUUUUGGAGGCAAUACGACGUUUCCUAUGGAAUUUCAUUCGUUUGGAGAAUGAGCAUUUAAAUAAUUGUGGUAAAUUUCGUGCCGUUCGUGACAUCUCAAUUACAGUUAUUGAAAAACCAUUUCGUGGUUCUUUGAUUUCGCUUUCUGAUCCCUCUGCGAAACCUACAAACAAUUGGCGAAAAGGUGCUAAACUUAAUGUGACAAAUAAUCCGAAAAAGGCCACCAUGCUUGUGUAGUAUUAAAAACACAAAAUAUUUCAAUUUUUAAUUAACUUUACUCUUAAUUUUAUAAAUAAGUUAUUAACUACUUAAGCUCUAAAAGUUGUGAUUGUUAAAAGUCCUUGUUUUCUCACUUAAGUUAAAAAGUUAAAUAAAUACUUAUGUAUUCCUUCAUUAUA